GCAAAAACAAACGAGCUGACUGCUGCGUUGGAUGCUCAAAGGAGACAAUAUGAUGAGCAAAUUAAGCAAUAUAAUGCCUUGUUGUCUACAAAACAAGAAUAUGAAAUUGCAUUGAAAGAACGUGAUUCACUUAUUUCUAAACUCCAAAGUGAUAUUAGCAGUGUUGCAACUGAAAAAGGAAAAUUAAGUCAAGUUGUAAAAGAAUUGGAGGAAACUAUUAAAUCUAAAUCGACAACGGUUGAACAAAAGGAAGAUAAAGUUGGUCAAUUAGAGAGUGAAAUUUCUAGUAUAAAGAAUCAACUUGCUAAUUUAUCAAUUAGCGCACCUGUUACAACACCACUCUCAGAUCCAAGUAAUCGCCCUAAUAGUAAUUCAUCAACUUCGGUUGAUGAGACAUCUUCAGAUCCUCUGAUCGGACCACAUGUUCCACCAUUUCAAGCCGGUGGACAGCAACCACCGCCAUCGGGAGGAUAUUACCAAUCACCAUACGGAAGUUAUACACCACAAGCUCAAUUUUAUCAAGGUCAACAACAGUAUUAUAAUCCAGGUCAAACACCAUACGGUUACCAACAACCUAUUUAUGGACAGCAAGGACCACCUUCAGGUUAUCAAGGCUAUCAAACUUCAGGUUAUCAACAACAGCAAACUUACGGACAAUCUCAAGGAUCGUUUGUUGGUGGAUUCAUGAUUCCUGAUGAUGCCCCUCCAGCGUAUGAUGGACCUAAAGAUGGAUAUAAGGAUGAUAAAAAAGAAAAGAGUUAA